CCUGUUCACAAUGAAUACGCAGUUAACAAGAAAACAUAUUUUUCUUGGAUCUUUAUUUGAUCUUCAAUAAAUAGCGAUAUAAAAGGAGAGAAAGCGCAACAUGUGGCACCUGUUUUAUUGAGUCAAAAUGGAAACGAAGGUGCUCCCAUUGAUGUCGGUCUUGCUUUUUGCAGCUACAUUGGUAUAUACGAACGCCAAGAGAGAUUCGGGAGAGUCGUCUGAUUCUGGUCCUGAGUUUGGGGACCCCGAAGCGCGACGUACACGCCAAAGUUCGGUGCCAAGUCGCAUGCGUAAGGGUACGCCAGUGCAGUCCGAUAUACAGCUCUGUUCGUUGCCCCAGGAUUGUCCAUAUGUCGGGGAUUGCUGCGUAUUGACAGAUGAUACUGGAGCCGGUGUUUGUAAGGCGCUCAAGUACGACUCUGAAGAUUGUCUCGUGGCUAAUAACGAUGUGGACUAUAAUGUCAAAUCAGUGUACAUCGAUUGCCCAUGCCGUGAAGGAUUCACUUGUUCGUCUGACGAUCCACUUGCCAAAAUGGGUAAAUGCAAGGUUAAAAGAAGACAACAGAGUUCCAAGACGACACAGACUGGGGUACAGCGCUGCUCAUCGCCCCAAGACUGUCCAAAUGUUGGAGAUUGUUGUGUAUUGACAGAUGACACUGGAAGUGAAGGUGUUUGUAAGCCUCUUAAAGACGACUCUGAAGGAUGUGUCGUUGCUAACAACGACGUGGACUAUAACGUCAAACCAGUACAUGUCGACUGUCCUUGUCGUAAAGGAUUCACUUGUGAUUCUAAGGAUUCACUUUCCAUAACGGGGAAAUGCAAAGCAGCCUAAACGAUUGAUGUCAACCUGUGCUGAAGUGUAGUGCGACUUGCUGGGUAACAUCUAGAUGAGGCUUAAAUCUACUGUCUGUUUUGAAGACUAACAAAACACACAAUGUCACAAAUGAAG